AUGGCUACCUUCAACAUUUCUCUCUUUGGCGGUGAUGCUCUCGCCCACUCGUCGACUUCAAACACAGCUCUUCACUACAGACCACGGAUACAAUGGUCCACGGCACUGUGCCUUGUGUUGUCGCUCGCCUCGAGCGCGUUGGCGACUCGUACUACCAUUGAUGAGCUGCCGGAACCAACACGGGCCCCAGAUCUGGCACAAGCUCUUCUGCUGGACACGCAUAUACCAGUCUUGGACCAAGGAAAGUGGACAAUGAUGGAACCAGCAGAGAAUGAGCUUCGACGAAGGGCUACGGCUGGAGGCUCUGUGACCACCACAUUUGAGAUUACAAUUUCGCCGUCAGCAACUGCCACAUCUACAACUUCGUCAAGCCCAUUGCCGAGCCCCUUCGAUGGUGGCAUAUCAAGCAACUUCACUUCCACCAGCUGUCCGACCUUCUUCGAAAGCAUGCUUGCUGAUCCCGAAUUGCAAGCAUGUUAUCCAGUGUCCAUGAUGCUUCAGAGCUCACAAUCCUUCUUUGAGGCUGAGAAGUCGCUUGUUAGCAUAUCGACAGUGCUCGAUCAUGCAUGCGAGGCAAACGUUACUCGCUGCACCGACUACCUAGCAAGAGUGGCUAGGAACUUGACUGACUCGAGCAAUUGUGGUGCUGACUACCAAGCGGGCAAUCCGACAGUCACGGAAGCCUACCUGGGUCUCACCUCUUACCAGGUCGUAUACAGUGCCACCUGCCUCAAAGAUCCAAAAACAGCCGUGUACUGUUUUGGGAACGCAGUAACGAACCAGACAAACCCAACGGAGACAUAUUUCUAUUACCUACCUUUGAACUCGACUCUCCCGGGCGGCACUGUACCUAUUUGUGCCUCGUGUCUCCAAGACACGAUGGACAUUUAUCAGGUUGCCACAGCAAAUCGAAGGCAGCCUAUUGCCAAUACGUACGACUCGGCCGCCGAGCAGGUCAACACCCUAUGCGGGCCAAAUUUCGCAAACACGACAAUGCCCGAGGCUAUAGUGUCCAGCGCCGGGUUUUCGGCUUUGGUCCGGGGACCGUCAUGGGUACUUUCCUCGUCCAUCUUGAUCAUGGCAAUAAGUUGGCUCCUGUGA